AUGAAGUCGCGUGGCAUUUUCGGUCGCGUCGUCGUCGGCCUCAUGGUCUCUGCCAUGUGUGUCCUCGCCGUUCUUGGUCAGGACGUCGCCGGCAAGGACAUCAAGAAGAUCGAGCCCAUGAUCCCCGAGUCCGACUUUGAGAUUCGCGCUUCCACUGAUGCCAUCUUUACCUCUGUCACUCUCGAUUCUGGCGCCUCCAUGACCUCUGCCGACGCCGAGAUCACCGUCGCUCCUGAGAACUCUGUCCAUCCCAAGAUCGUCCACCCCUUUGAGGUUGAGCCUCACGUUGUCGGCAACGGAUCCCUCACCAUCAUUGGUCGCGAUCUUCAGUACACCACUUCUCUUUCCUCAACCACUCGCACCACUACCAUCAUCGACGUUUGCACCCAGUGGAUCACUACGACUUCCACCCGUGGCCAGCCCGCCCCCUCUGCCGGCCAGGAGCACCAUGCCCUUCCCACGCCCGACAAGUACAAUACUAGCGACGAGGUUAUAGUCCCCCACACCAAGUCCACCAGCGUCAGGUUCAAUUGGGUCGCCAACGCCACCGCCGCUUUUGCUACCGGUGGUAGUGCUGGCACCGGCCAUGAGACUGCCGCUCUUGCUACUGGUGUUUCUGGUGGCGGCGCACACAGCACUGCUGGAGGUCCUUACCACCGUCCCACGCAGACUCCUUACACCAGCGCUGCCAGGGCCGUUCGCCCCGAGUUCGUCUACAUGGCCGCCAUGGUCAGCUUCGUGGCAAUUGUCGCUCAUGUUGGCACCCAUGUUGUUGUCUGGACUCUGAGAAACUGCUACGGCUAUCUCUUGUAA